UACAGAGAUCUGUACGUGAAUCACUCAGGGCAGGUGAGGAGGUGUGAUCGGCUAAGGCACUGGAGCAGCUCGGCUCCGCCUCCUUGACACUUGGACUAGAAAAUUCUAAAGCGAUUUUUUUAAGUUUGGCAUAUCUUUAACAUAUCUUAUAAAAUCAGUACGACAUUUUGGACCUAUUUAGAUCAAAUGAUGAGUUUCAUUCUGCUAUAUUUGGAGACUGGAAGGAACAUGAGGACAAUUAUUAACAACCACGGAGGGGGCACUUUGACUUAUGUAAACCUUUAUGUUGUUCUUGUGUAUAUGUGUUCUUCUUAUCGUGUGUAAUUGAUAGGAACAUACGUCAAACAAGGGUAAAACAUGUUUACCUGUGAGAAUUUCCAGAAUAUCAUCACCUGGCUUCAUAUAUCACACAGGAGAGUCACAGGUGGUCAUUUAGGAGCACAAAAUAUUACGUAACUUACAGUAUAAAAGAGCAAGACCAAGAAUUCUGAUUGUCACAUACAUAGCAGGCAGGAUGAAGCUCCUUCUUCUGCUGGUGGCUGUCGGGCUAUGCUCCGCUCAGUACAAUCCCAACACCAGGUCAGGACGGACAUCAAUUGUCCACUUAUUUGAGUGGAGAUGGGACGACAUUGCAGCAGAGUGUGAACGGUACCUGGGACCCAAUGGAUUUGGAGGAGUCCAGAUUUCUCCACCAAAUGAUCAUAUCCUUGUGUCCAACCCAUGGAGACCAUGGUAUCAGAGAUACCAGCCUAUCAGCUAUAAGCUGUGCUCUCGUUCUGGUAAUGAGCAACAAUUCAGAGACAUGGUGACCAGAUGCAACAAUGUUGGGGUAUAUAUCUACGUGGACGCCAUCAUCAAUCACAUGUGUGGCUCCGGAGGCGGUUCCGGCACACAUUCGUCUUGUGGAAGCUAUUUCAAUGCUGGCGCAAGAGAUUUCCCUUCUGUUCCGUUUUCUGGAUGGGACUUUAAUGAUGGAAAGUGCACAACUGGCAGUGGAGAAAUCGAGAACUACGGUGACGCUAACCAGGUCAGAAACUGCCGUCUUGUUGGUCUUCUGGAUCUUUCUUUGGAGAAGGAUUAUGUCCGUGGAAAGAUUGUGGGAUUCUUGAACACUCUCAUUGACAUCGGUGUAGCUGGAUUUAGAUUUGAUGCUGCCAAACAUAUGUGGCCCGGAGACCUGAAGGCUAUCACUGACAGGCUGAACAAUCUCAACACCCGAUGGUUUGCCGGUGGUACCAGACCCUUUAUCUUCCAGGAGGUGAUUGAUCUUGGAGGUGAAGCCAUUUCAUCCAGUCAAUACUUUGGAGUUGGAAGAGUCACAGAAUUUAAGUAUGGUGCUAAGCUUGGAUCAGUUAUCCGCAAGUGGAAUGGCGAGAAGUUGUCUUAUACAAAGAACUGGGGAGAAGGUUGGGGUUUUAUGCCCAAUGAUAGAGCCUUGGUCUUUAUAGACAACCAUGAUAACCAGAGAGGACACGGUGCAGGCGGAGCCUCAAUUCUCACCUUCUUUGAUGCUCGUCUCUACAAGAUGGGAGUUGGCUUCAUGUUGGCUCAUCCCUAUGGUUUCACCCGUGUCAUGUCCAGUUAUAGAUGGAAUAGGAACUGGGUCAAUGGCAAGGAUACCAAUGACUGGAUUGGACCACCAAGCAAUUCAGAUGGUUCUACAAAGUCUGUCACUAUCAAUGCUGAUUCCACUUGUGGUAAUGACUGGGUCUGUGAGCACAGAUGGCGUCAAAUUAAGAACAUGGUUAUUUUCCGUAAUGUGGUAAAUGGACAGCCCUUCUCCAACUGGUGGGACAAUGGAAGCAACCAAGUGGCAUUUGGCCGUGGAAAUAGAGGAUUCAUUGUCUUUAACAAUGAUGACUGGAACUUGGAUGCCACACUGAACACUGGCCUUCCAUCUGGAAACUACUGUGAUGUGAUCUCUGGACAAAAGGAGGGAACUCGCUGCACCGGUAGACAGAUCUAUGUAGACGGCAGUGGCAGAGCUCGCUUCCAGAUCAGCAACAACGAUGCAGAUCCCUUCGCAGCCAUUCAUGUUGAUGCCAAAUUAUAAUAUUUCAAUUUAAAAUCAUAGAUCUUCUGCAUCACAUGUGGUGAAGUGACCUCAAUGUUUCAAAUAUCUUGUGUCUCCAGAUACAUAGAUUCUGUUUUUUAGAACACUGAUUCACCCCAUGUGGAGGAGGAAAUCUCCUCAGUCUAU